AUGUCAGUGCAGGACAACAUGCGACCCAUGUGGCUUUGGUCAUGGAUCUCUAAGUCCCAAAGGGAUUUAGCAAAGUCCAUCCUGACUGGGGCUCCAGGAGGACCAGCGGGGUACCUGCGGCGGGCUAGUGUGGCCCAGCUGACCCAGGAGCUGGGCACUUCCUUCUUCCAGCAGCAGCAGCUGCCAGCUGCUAUGGCAGACACCUUCCUGGAACACCUCUGCUUGCUGGACAUCGACUCCGAGCCUGUGGCCGCUCGCAGUACCAGCAUCAUUGCCACCAUUGGGCCGGCAUCUCGCUCCGUGGAGCGCCUCAAGGAGAUGAUCAGGGCCGGGAUGAACAUUGCGAGACUCAACUUCUCCCACGGCUCCCAUGAGUACCAUGCUGAAUCCAUCGCCAACGUCCGGGAGGCGGUAGAGAGCUUUGCAACUUCCCCGCUCAGCUACCGACCCGUGGCCAUCGCUCUGGACACCAAGGGACCGGAGAUACGCACUGGGAUCCUGCAGGGGGGCCCUGCGUCGGAAGUGGAGCUACUGAAGGGCUCCCAGGUGCUGGUGACUGUGGACCCGGCGUUCCGGACGCGGGGGGACGCGAACACCGUGUGGGUGGACUACCCCAAUAUCGUCCAGGUCGUGCCGGUGGGGGGCCGCAUCUACAUUGACGACGGGCUCAUCUCCCUAGAGGUCACGAAAAUCGGUCCAGAGGGGCUGGAGACCCAAGUGGAGAAUGGCGGUGUCCUGGGCAGCCGGAAGGGCGUGAACUUGCCGGGGGCCCAGGUGGACCUGCCCGGGCUGUCCGAGCAAGAUGUCCAGGACCUGCGCUUCGGGGUGGAGCAUGGCGUGGACAUCAUCUUUGCCUCCUUUGUGCGGAGAGCCAGCGACGUUGCUGCCGUCCGGGCUGCUCUGGGGCCGGAAGGACAGGGCAUCAAGAUCAUUAGCAAAAUCGAGAACCACGAAGGCGUGAAGAAGUUUGAUGAAAUCCUGGAGGUGAGCGACGGCAUUAUGGUGGCACGGGGUGACCUGGGCAUUGAGAUCCCAGCCGAGAAGGUUUUCCUGGCUCAGAAGAUGAUGAUUGGCCGUUGCAACUUGGCGGGAAAGCCCGUUGUCUGUGCUACACAGAUGCUGGAGAGCAUGAUCACUAAGCCUCGGCCAACCCGGGCAGAGACGAGUGAUGUGGCCAAUGCCGUGCUGGAUGGGGCAGACUGCAUCAUGCUGUCGGGGGAGACUGCCAAAGGCAACUUUCCUGUGGAGGCUGUAAAGAUGCAGCAUGCGAUUGCCCGGGAGGCAGAGGCUGCCGUGUACCACCGGCAGCUCUUUGAGGAGCUGCGCCGGGCGGCACCACUGAGCCGGGAUCCCACCGAGGUCACCGCGAUUGGCGCUGUGGAGGCUGCCUUCAAGUGCUGUGCUGCUGCCAUCAUCGUGCUGACCACAACUGGCCGCUCAGCCCAGCUUCUGUCUCGGUACCGACCUCGGGCAGCAGUCAUUGCUGUCACCCGCUCUGCCCAGGCUGCCCGCCAGGCCCACUUGUGCCGAGGAGUCUUCCCUGUGCUCUACCUUGAACCUCCAGAGGCCAUCUGGGCAGACGAUGUGGAUCGCCGAGUCCAAUUUGGCAUUGAAAGUGGAAAGCUCCGUGGCUUCCUCCGUUUUGGGGACCUGGUGAUUGUGGUGACAGGCUGGCGACCGGGCUCCGGCUAUACCAACAUUAUGCGGGUGCUGAGCGUAACCUGAGGUGCCCCUCCUCCUCUGACCGAGCCAGCCCUGGACCCGUCCCUCCUUUCUGCUCCCUCCUACAGCCCCACAUCUAAGUCUUCUCUACUCCCAAU